AAGUCGCUGCGCGCUGUAGAGUGUGGGCAGGAAGAGAGUGUAAGAGCGCAUUGAUUACUCUUUGAACAGAAACGGUGCUCAGGGUACGGCAGGGUGUAGCAUGUCACGUUGCUAAUGCUGUGGCACGGUCGAAAUCAACCCAACACCGUCCCUAAACACCGAGCCUGCACGUUCCCCACCCGAAUCGAAAGAUUUGGGUUGAAACCUGUGAGCGCAGGAGCGGCGCUGUGUGCCUUUUUGAACAGCAGGGCGAACAGCGGGUGGAAAGCGCGUUCGAGUGGAAGGCAGGGAACGAGGAGCCAUGAGAGAAUACAAAGUAGUCGUGCUGGGCUCUGGUGGUGUGGGGAAAUCAGCAUUGACUGUUCAGUUUGUCACUGGGUCUUUUAUCGAGAAAUAUGACCCUACAAUAGAGGAUUUCUACAGAAAAGAGAUCGAAGUUGACUCGUCGCCUUCAGUGUUGGAAAUCCUGGACACGGCGGGGACGGAACAGUUCGCAUCGAUGCGAGAUCUGUACAUCAAAAACGGGCAGGGAUUCAUACUGGUGUACAGUCUGGUUAAUCAACAGAGCUUCCAGGAUAUCAAACCGAUGAGGGAUCAAAUUAUUCGAGUCAAAAGGUACGAGAGAGUGCCCAUGAUCUUGGUUGGGAACAAGGUGGAUUUGGAAGGCGAGCGAGAGGUCUCUUCCGGGGAAGGCAAAGCCCUAGCGGAUGAGUGGAACUGUCCGUUUAUGGAAACUUCAGCCAAAAAUAAAGGCUCGGUCGACGAACUGUUCGCAGAGAUUGUCAGACAAAUGAACUAUGCUUCAACUCCAAAUGGGGACGACCAGUGCUGCUCAUCAUGUGUCAUUCUUUAGAUGAAAAUUCACUAUAUUUUUAAGUUUGCAAUGUGUGUUGCAGGAAUUCUAACUUGAGCUCUACGUGUGUCUCCUUGGCUUUGGAAGGAGCACAAAUUCCGUAAUGGAGGUGAGACCAUCGCAGGAGUUCACUCUUGAGGAAUUCUGUUUGGAGUAGGCCCAAUCCAUGCAGCUCUUAGUGUAGCCUACACACCACUGAAGUCAACACAAGACUGAGCGCUCCGCCCGUCUCGGCCUGCACUCCUAACUGGAACUUUUACCUUACAACGGAUGGUGACGGAGCUGGACAUAACCACGAAAGUUUUCCUCAUUGGAGGAAGGAAUAAGUAGUCAUUAAGUGCUGCGCAUGACUUGGGUCGAACAGUGUAAACUUGCCCUCUCCCCCUGCUAUGUAAAGCUCUACAGUACUUUCAGAUUUUUGACGGAGACGUCAGUUCAUUGAAACCACUGUUUUUCAGUCAGUGCCACCCCCAUUUUUCUCAGCGUUCACGAAGACUUGACUGGAGUGACGUGGGACGUCAGUGUUGCGUUCUUACGUCGAGUGCCUUCCAAAAAUCAGCUAUUCCCAUGGAGGUAUUAUAAGAACUGGAGAGAGGGACUAAGUCCCGCCCCCAUUCAUUUCAAUGGCCGAUGCUAGGCUAGCUACUUCAGCCAAAAAAGUUUGAAAUUGGCCGCAGCCAUCUUUGAGAAAAUGGCGUUCCAUGGGUGUCCAUUUCCGUCACCAGCUAUAAUGAGCCAAUUAGGUUCCACGUUACAACGAGACAACAUAGGUACAUCGUUGAUGAAGAUUGGAGAGUGAGAGAAGGUGUUCGUGAACGCGCUCCUAUCGUUACAGGCGCAAAUGUAUUUAAUUAUUUGAGUUGGGAUGGUGGUGGAGAAGUUUGCCCCUUGUCUCGAAAUCCUAUAAUGUGAUAUUCAUAUGUCAUGAUAUAAUAAACAUGGCGAGUCAAUAUUGAGCAAGAAUUCACUUAGCAUACACAUAGGCUAAAUAUGAUCCCCACAGUAAAUGCUUUGAACUAACUGUAGCCGUUAUGUGCGCAAUAGGCUGUCUACCCGACGAAAAUGACUCUUAAUAAGUAGACAUGGGAUGUAAGAAACGUGUGGAUACCAGAUAUGCUAUUUGUGCUGCACCCAGUGUGAAUUUGCAGUUUAAACCUACAUUUGUAGACAGACGAAAUGAAGCCAACGCAUAUUAUAGGCUUACCGGUAGAAGCGCGCAUCCAUGUUAUGUUUCGAGCAGCAUGCAUUUUGCGGUCACUGUCGGAAACUUUUGCCGUUAUCUACUGUAGGCUGUGACCCCCAACGCUGCCUUGUUAUGAACUAGGCUACAGGUCUGCAGCUGAGCGUUUUAAAAUAGUUUUCAUAGCCUAGCCUACACGACAGCGAGUAGGUUAAUAAUUGGGUUUAGUUAGAGAAUUUCUUCGCAUUUCCUAGAAUGUCUUAUCAUUCCUAGCCAACGCAUACAUAGUCUAAUGCAAAUAAUAGUAACCUAUUAGAACGACAUUUGCUUUUUUUCUUUUAUUCACAAAGCCUGGUAUAAUGAUAAUCCACAGGCAUCAAGUAUCGGUAACUUAAUCCUAAUCGUCAGUCAUUUUUUAAUGUCUUCUAGAAUGCGUUAUCAACAUGGACGCGCGAGGACGCUCGUGCCGAAAUCGAAACUCGUGCAUGAGCUGAGACAGCUCGUGAAUGAGCUGUCUCGUGCAUGCGCUGGUGCCGGAUAUGGUACAACCACGGAACGCCAUUUUUUCAAAGAUGUCGGCGGCCAAAUGACAUGCUAACUGGCUGAAGCUAACCCUCCAAAUCCUGACCCCCUGGCUAUUCCCGUUCAGUGCCAACGUGAGGGCGUACAAGAAUCUCAUUUUUAAUGGCAAUCCACAAAAGUACUUAAAUGUAACACUUGGUUAUACUUAAGGGGUUGAGAAGACACAGAAGUCCCCUUCUUAAACGAAUUGCAGUUUUCUCCUUUCACUUACAAUCUUUUAAUUUGGCCUUAUUGUUUUUGUUUAAGGUUGGUCUAGCCUAGAUAUGGCCAAAUUUCAUUUGAAACACAGGUACUGAAAAUCAACCAGUUUACUCAACAAAACCUCAUUUAAGCAAUUUAAGUCAAAGAUUUUUAUGUUUUGUUUCUCUUUUUGUUUUAACAAGAAAUGUGAUGUAACAUUGCAAUUCUAAUACGAUUGUAAGUUUAAUUUGGGAUCAGCUUUUUAACAGCUGUUUGUGUUUAAAGACUUUUAAUACAAAUUGCAUUUGUAAAAAAACAGCAUACCUGUGGUUGACCUCUGUUUUCAAUUCAUAGUGUGUGUAGGGAACAGGGAAUUCAGACAUAUAACAUAAUUCUGCAGGACCGGAUGGAAAGAAACAACUAGAAGGCCAUUUGUAUUGCUCUGAUAUUAAAUGUCAGGUAGGCUAUGUGGGGAAGGCACCCCAGACUGUGACCUAAAGUGUUCGAGGAACCUAAUUGUUUGAUGUAAGUUUUCCCUUAUGCUAAAUCCCAUGAAGACGUGCAAUUUGUGCCAAACUAUGUUUUGAAGAAUGCUUAAUAUAUAUUUAUGUUUCAACAUGCAAUAGGUGCCUCAAUGGUUUUACAUUGGGUGUAUGGCAUGUGACUAAUACGAACACUUAGAUGGAGGAUUUGCUUUCACAUACCACCCUGCAGGUCUAGUUCGUAUUAAUGACCCAGAAAUUAAAUGCCUUUGUGUAAUGGUAGCUAACCCAAUAACUAUAAGGUAAAGAGCUUUUUCUCCAUAGACUUAGCUUAUCUUACCAGUUGGAUUUCUAGGUAGCCAUACAGUAGGUCAGUGCUCUAGGGGAUUUGCAAAGUGGUCAAUGAGGGUGAAUAUCCCUCUAUGUAGGCAUGGCAAAAUCUGUAUCGCAGACAUUUUGAAGUGUAUACAUUUAAGAAAAACUUAUAUUGUAAUUAAUUACUGGCUGAAAACAUGCGACUUGUGAUGGUGUUCCCACCACUGUUUACUAAUUGAGGAAAUCGUCAGUUGGUGAACUGUUUGUGUACAGUGGAUGUUCAUGCUUUUGGGAUGUGGAAGUUUGCGCAGCCAGACAAAUAUAUCUUAUUACUCUGCUGUAUAUGAGAUGGCAUUGACUCUUUCACUUGUGCACAUUUCUGAGGCAGUUCCCAGUUCUCCAUAGAGAGACAACUGGUUCCUUAACAGGAUGUAUGCAUCACAUUUAGAAUGUGUGGGUGGUGUGUGUAUAAGUGUGCACUUUCCUCUCUUCCCCAGCAGUCCUGAUCACUGUCUAGUCUUUGCACAGAAUUGAAGGGUGUUCUCUUUUGCAAGCUGUUGGCUGCCAUUACAGGGUAUUUUGCUAUGUCUUUUUAGGACUGGAAUGUUGUCCUUGAGUCCCAUUUGGAAUUGCUACUCAUAUUAUAAUCUGAUCUCUGUGAGUGUUCUGACUGUGAGAGGACCUAUUGCCCUCAGUCUUGGGUCUCUCAUUUCAGUUAUUUCUUUAUGAAUGUAUGUCUAUCUAAGGAGGUGCUGGAUUAUCAAAUGAGACCAGAACAGAUGUGUGCACUGUAGUUGAGUCCAGUGGUUAACAGAAUGGUGUGUGGAGUGUUAGGGAACAUGGCGAAGGGUGAGGAGAGGGUGUGUUGGGUUUUGACGUGUGACUGUAGUUGUUUUGACAGACCAGUGAAUACAUGGUUGCAUUUCAAGGGUACUGUUUCUGGAGAACGCCCAUGAGAAAGGGCUGCCCAUUUAUUGCCUUUCUAGUUGGGGACAGAUAUGCAGCAGACGUCUUUGUUGUACAAGUGAGCCUGUGAUCGACAAGACCUCAGAGCUCCUGUGACUUUGUGCACUGGGAAUACCCUAAAAUUCCAGUCAUUUUUGUAAUUCCUGGCACUCCACUGCCCGGGCUUGUCUGAGCUGCUGACCUUACUGUUGGAAAAAGGGCUUGUCCAAACACAGUCCAGGCCUGGCCCCUCCCAAGAUGUGCGCCUCCACUGUAAAACUCCUCUGCUGUGUGGUAGUACUGCAUCAUGGCAGGCUCACCAUGGAAUAUUCUCUGUGGCAGAUUCAAAUGCUUGAAGCAAACGGAACAGUGUUGUGAAAACAGCAAAUGGUGUGGUCAGGAUGGUAUGAGGGUAAUGAUGUCGGGUCAAUCUAAGAAGCUGACCAUUAUAUCUGAUGAUUUCUUGGUCUACCACAGUCACAUGUGUACUUGUAGGAAUGUGUUGUUGAGGUGGUUUCUUGGCAGUAUGUCAUGCUGAGUUUUGUAGGAAAUGAAAGAAAUUAAACCAGUUUUGAUAAGCGUAAGUA